AUGAGCUAUCUACAUGCACGCCUCCUCAGGAAAAGAAACAUGCUUAUCGUAAGAAGUUUCAUCAUCUUACUACUCAGCUGCAUAGCCUUUAAGUUAGCUUGCUGCUUCUCUAGCAGCAUUUCUUCUUUGAAGGCGCUUCCCCUCGUAGGCCACUUGGAGUUUGAAGAUGUCCAUCACGCCUCAAAAGAUUUUGGAAAUCGAUACCAGUUGCUUCCUUUGGCGGUCUUACAUCCCAAGUCUGUAAGCGACAUCGCCUCAGCAAUACGACACAUCUGGACGAUGGGGCCUCAUUCACAGCUUACAGUGGCAGCAAGAGGCCGUGGACAUUCACUCGAAGGCCAAGCGCAAACAAGACAUGGAAUUGUUAUCCACAUGGAAUCACUCCAGGCCCAGAAGCUACAGGUCCACAGUGCGGGUGGUCCAGCUCCGUAUGUUGAUGCAUCUGGUGGUGAGCUGUGGAUAAACAUUUUGCAUGAGACCCUCAAGUACGGGCUUGCACCAAAAUCAUGGACGGAUUACCUACAUUUGACUGUAGGUGGUACUCUGUCCAAUGCUGGAAUCAGCGGCCAGGCAUUCCGACAUGGACCACAAAUCAGCAAUGUUCAUCAACUCGAGAUUGUCACAGGAAAAGGCGAGAUUCUAAACUGUUCAGAGAGGCAGAACAGCGACUUAUUUCAUGGUGUUCUUGGUGGGUUAGGUCAGUUUGGCAUCAUAACAAGGGCAAGAAUAGCACUGGAACCAGCACCAACCAUGGUGAAAUGGAUGAGAGUGUUGUACCUGGAUUUUUCUGCUUUUGCGAGGGACCAAGAGCGCCUGAUUGCGGCAGAUAACAAAUUCGAUUACAUAGAAGGGUUUGUGAUAAUAAACCGGACAGGCCUCCUGAACAGCUGGAGGUUAACCUUCACACCAGAAGACCCUUCGGAAGCCAGCCAGUUCAAAUCUGAUGGCAGGACUCUCUAUUGUCUGGAAGUGGCCAAGUACUUUAAGCUAGAUAACAAAGAUAUUAUCAACCAGGAAGUGAAAGAAUCCCUAUCAGAACUAAGCUACAUCUCGUCGACACUGUUUUCAUCGGAGGUGACAUAUGAGGAGUUCUUGGACAGGGUACACGUGUCUGAGAUAAAGCUAAGAUCGAAAGGGCAAUGGGAAGUUCCACAUCCAUGGCUGAAUCUUCUGGUACCAAGGAGCACAAUGAAUGAGUUUGCAAAAGGAGUGUUCGGAAACAUCCUAACGGAUACAAGCAACGGGCCAGUCAUCGUCUACCCAGUGAACAAAUCAAAGUGGGACAAUCGAACAUCGGCGGUGACACCGGAGGAAGAGGUGUUCUACUUGGUGGCGAUCCUGACAUCGGCGGUUCCAGGGAAGGAGAGAGUGGAGGAGAUCCUGAAGCGGAACCAGAGAAUACUGGAAUUCAGCGAAGAAGCAGGGGUAGGGUUGAAGCAGUAUCUGCCACAUUACACGACAAGGCAAGAGUGGAGAUCCCAUUUCGGAGGCAAGUGGGAAGAGUUUGUGCGGAGGAAAUCGAGGUACGAUCCGCUGGGAAUGCUCGCGCCAGGGCAGAGAAUAUUUGACAAGGCAGUCGCAUCAUACUCAUGA